GAAGAAACCCUAGAUUUAUAUAAAGUUUUAUCGACCUGAUCCGUCACUUCUUUCUCUGAAGCCGGAACCUAAAAUUGUAUCUUACUCGCAUUCGCUUCAAUGACUAAGGGAACGGGAAGUUUCGGAAAGAGGAGAAACAAGAGUCACACUCUUUGCGUGAGAUGUGGCCGUCGCAGUUUCCACAUCCAGAAGAGCCGUUGCUCCGCCUGUGCUUACCCCGCCGCUCGCAAGAGGACGUACAACUGGAGUGUGAAGGCAAUCCGUAGAAAGACUACUGGAACUGGAAGGAUGAGGUACCUUCGCAAUGUCCCUCGCAGGUUCAAGACCGGAUUCAGAGAAGGUACCGAAGCCAAGCCAAGGAACAAGGCAGCUGCUUCAUCAUCUUAAAUUGCUGUUUGAGUAUCGCAGAAACUUAGAUUUCGGCUUCUGAGUUUGUUCGCAAGAUUACUAUUAAGCUUCUGGUUUAAACUACCUUUUGGUGUGUUGAUUACUCUUUUAUAAAAUUUUGGACUUGGAUAAUAUUGCUGUUUCCUCUUCAAUCUGCAAGUCUUUUAUUUCCAUUAU